AUGCACCAACUUCCGACAGGUCGCGUGUUUGUUUCUAAAGGGAUAGUUGAGGGAUUAUUGGGGUUCAUCACCAUAGGCUUCUCGGGGUUUGAAGAAAUCGGGUUUAUGACCUCGGUUGAUGGAUUGACAGUUGGGACCGUCGUGAUAGGGAGUAAUAUGUACAACUACAAGCAUCAUGAUGUAGAACAAGUACUAAGAGAUAAGUCACCUGAACAGAAUACAAGAGCAGCCAGGAUUGGUAAGAUUCAGGUUGAGGUCGAGAGCUUGCAUAGGAUAAAGAUAGCUCGAUGGACCAACGACUGA